AUGUAUGCUAAUUUGUGUCAUCUAGUAUGAGAGACUCCAUCUAAGAUGGAUCCCAGCGCCAUUUAGAAAUUUGUUUAGAGGAUUUUGAUGAAGCCUACUUGUUUAAGGAAAAAACAGCAAAACAACUUCAGUCAAUCUCCUGCGAGAAAUCUUAGGGAAAUGAAAGGCUUUGAAGGGUUUGAAACAGUAAUCAAGGAUAUGAUUUAUGAGGGAUGGAAUGUCUGGUUCUUGGUUUUUAUUUACCUGGCCUUUUAGAUUUUCUUGUUCCCUCGAACGGUGAAUUUAGAUUAUUUUCGUUAAUAUUUUACUAGUUGUGGACAGAGAUGACGAUGCAAGGGAUCGUGUAAGAUAUGGGAAAUUCACUCAUGUAUUGGGUCACCUUAACAUUUUCCACCUUUAUAAAAGGUCGCCAUCUUCUUAGUUUUAGCUAUGGUAUUACGACGGAAACCUGAUGUUCUAAUUAACAUAUUACCGAAUUUGAGGGAAAACAAGUAUCAAGGGCAAGAUAAGCUUCCAGUUAUUGUAUGGAUGGUAGUGCAGGCCUCUCGAGGAGAUCUCGCUGUAGGAUUGUACUUGUGGGCACAUCAUAUUUUGCCUAUGCUUAAAGGCAAAUUGAGCUCCAACCCACAAUCUAGGGAUUUGGUUUUGCAGGUUGUGGAAAGGAUUCUGUCAGCCCCAAAAGCUCGUAGUAUAUUAGUAAACGGUUCGGUUAGAAAGGGGGAGCGUUUGAUUCCACCUGCAUCGCUUGACCAACUGUUACAUGUAACCUUCCCUGCAUCUUCUGCACGAGUCAAGGCAACUGAAAGGUUUGAGUCAAUCUAUCCAACUCUGAAAGAAGUUGCUCUUGCUGGUGCUCCUGGAAGCAAAGCCAUGAAACAGGUAUCACAGCAGAUACAGGCUGUAGCUGUGAAAUCAGCUCAAGAAGCGUUAUUUACAGAGAUUCCAGAGCUAACCGAGGAAGCAGUUAGCAUAUUUGUCUGGUGUUUGACUCAGAAUCCUGAUUGCUACAAGCAAUGGGAUAAGAUUUAUAUGGACAACAUAGAGGUUAGUGUUGCAGCCUUGAGGAAGCUUGCCAAGGAGUGCAAGGAGAUUCCAUUGCAACAGUGUUCUCUCGAAGCAUUGAGGCAAACUCUAAAUAUUUUCAGGCAAAAAAACGAGAAAGCAUUAGCUGGUGGAGUGGAUGUUGCUCACCAAGCUUUCUUCAAGGACGCAGAUAAAUACUGUAAGGUAAUAUUGGGCAAAAUAUCACGUGGGCACAGUUGUGCCAAAACUGUGGCAUUUGCGUUUGUGGUACUGGCAGUGGGAGCAGCUAUAAUCUCCCCAAACCUGGGUGAGUGGGAUUGGGACAAGUUUUCGGCUUUGUUCAAUGCUCAAUAAUCCUCUAAAUGGCAAAUUUACAGCCAAAUCUGAGAGACAAAAGACAUUGGUUUUUUGAUCCUUUAACGUGGGCAAAACUAUCCACAUAUGCGUGAAUAAAGUUGCAGAAGAGCUAGGUCUUUGUGUAAUAGCGAGUACAGAUAGUGUUGCUUAAAGUAGAAUAGUUGGAAAAUUAUCACUGUGGAAAAGAAGCAAAUUCUGUCGUAGCAUUUCGAACUGAUUUUGCUUGCUUGCUUGCUUUUUGAUUAAUGCUAUUCAUCAUCUCUGGUGUUAAGCAUUA